UUAUUUGGGAAAUGGUGUACAUCAAGUAUCCGCGGGAAUGGCUGGCGAUGGCUUACCGAGAAUUCGACGUCGUCGUGAACGACAUCCACGAGCGUCAACUCAAAUCUAUAGGGCAAUGCUACGGGGUCGAGCACUUGGGUGCCGCCGUCUUCCCAACCCCUGCUUUCCCUGUGGCUGGACGUAUCCAUUCGCUGAACCUUCGCUAUAUGGUGCCAUUAGUGUGCCAACGGGACAGAAAGCCGGAUUGGCCGAUCGUGAAUGUAUGGUUCAUGAUCGACACGGCCUCGCCGUACACGAGUAUCACCCUCAAAACGAAGAAAGCUCUCUGGGGCGCAGGCGAGAAGUUCAACGAGGAGUUCGGCUGUUAUGUGGCGAUCCAGGAUCAAAACACUCAUGUUGAGUGCAAGCUGUCAAAGGCAACCUUUUUCGUUGAUUCUUAUUGUUUAUGCCCA